UGUGGAUUUUCGAAAAAAUGCCGGGUCACAGCGAGAUACCGCUGAUUGUGCUCAUGUCGGCAUAUGCCCGAAGUGGACAUAUGCUUCUUGCCAAGAGAAUUUUUGACAACUCCAAUGAAAAGAGCGCUAUUGCUUUCAAUGCUCCCUUGUCUGGUUUUGCAUCAAAUUCUCAGUUACUGGAAGCCAAAAGUGUGUUUGAUUCAAUCCAAGAGAGAAACCAAUCUUCAUGGAGUGCAAUGCUUUCUGCAUAUACCCAAAACGGGCAUCUGGAUAUGGCAAAUCGGAUAUUCUUAACAAUGCCGGACAAGGAUCUCAUACCUUGGGAUGCAAUGCUGGCAGCAUACUCUUGGAUUGGGGCCAUUUUGAGAGCCUUGGAUGCCUUGCAAACCAUGGUCACUACUAAUACACCUGAUGAAGCUAGUUUAACAGCUUUGCUCACGUUGUGCGCUCACAAAGGCACUGUUGCCAUAGCUCGGGAUCUCUUUGUGUCUUUCCAGUUUGAUCACUCUAUCAAACCCUCAAAGCAACACUACUCGUGUAUGAUUGGUGUGCUUGUCAGAUCCAAGAUGCUGAGAAUCUUCUGUGGGAGAUGCCAUACUACCCAGAUUCCAUGGAUUGGAAGUGCUUGCUUGGAGCUGUAGCGAGUGGAGAUGCAAUGAAAAAUGCCAUUAGUGUGGAGCCUAGUAACAGUGCUCCAUAUGUUCUUAUUGCCAAUUCUCACAUAGUUACAUAGCUUAAAUAUUUUCAAAAGAUUAUAUCAAUUUUCACAACUAUAUCAAAUUUUCUCACAAGGUGCC